UCUCAUUCUCUGCGGCUGGAGCUGCAAGACAAACAGCAACCAGGCACAAUGAACCAGAAGGUGGUACUCAUCACCGGCUGCUCCUCGGGGAUUGGCCUCGCUUUGGCUGUCCGCAUCGCAAAAGAUGAGAAGAAGAGGUUCAUGGUCUACGCCACCAUGAGGAACCUGAGUAAGGCUGAGCCCCUGGUUGAGGCGGCGGGUCGGACCCUGGGCAGGACCAUGGAGAUCAAGCAGCUGGACGUGUGUGACGAGGACUCCAUCAAAGCCUGCGUGGACAGCCUGCCUGAGCGCAGAGUGGACAUUCUUAUAAGUAAUGCUGGGAUGGGUCUGAUUGGACCCAUCGAGUGUCAGUCUAUUGAUGAGAUGAAGACGGUCAUGGACACCAACUUCUUCGGGCUUGUGCGACUGCUGAAGGAAAUCCUACCUGACAUGAAGCGGAGGAAAAAAGGCCAUAUUGUGGUGAUUAGCAGCGUCAUGGGCAUUCAAGGAAUUUUAUUCAACGACGUCUACGCGGCAUCCAAGUUUGCAGUGGAAGGCUUUUGCGAAAGCUUAGCAGUACAAGCCCUGAGGUUCAAUCUGAACAUCAGCCUGAUAGAGCCAGGUCCGGUGAUAACAGAGUUCGAGCGUAAGGUUUACGAGGAGGGCAUGAAGACUGACCUCAGCAACGCUGAUAAAGUCACAGCCGACAUGUUCACAAACAUCUAUCUGAAGAACUACAACCAAAUCUUCGAAACCCUCGGGCAGACGGCUGAGGACGUUGCUGAGCACACCCACAAGAUCAUCACCAUGGAUAAUCCCCCUUUCCGGCAUCAGACGAACACUCUCUACACCCCCAUGACCACACUCAAAUAUGCCGACCCCAAUGGUGACCUUCCGAUUGACACAUUUUACAAAAUGGUGUUCGAGCACGACAAGGUCUUCAACGCCAGCCUGAACUUCCUCAAGCUGUUGCGCUGGAGAAGCCGAAAGAGCUUUACCUUGGACAAAAAAGAGGGCAACUGAGUUUUCGUUCUAUUGCUUUUAACCAUGCAUGGCUUUCUAGUAUUUCCCCAUUGUUUUAUUUUUAGCGGAAGUACAUUUGUGACAAAGUGAUAAAAUAAACAAAGAAAUUAAAUAUCA